AUGGACGCCGCCCAAGAGGACCCAAGGGUGCCCCCAGACCCGGGGGGACCCCAAGAGCAAGGGACCCCCGACUCCGGCGCCUCCGGGAGCCCCCCGACCGCGGCUGAGCGACUCCAAGACCUGGAGACACUGGCCACCAUCGGCACGGGCACCUUUGGGCGUGUGCAGCUGGUGCGGGAGAAGGCGGGCAGUGGCCGUUACUUUGCGCUGAAGGUGAUGAACAUUCAUGACGUCCUGCGGCUCAAGCAGGAGCAGCACGUGCAGAACGAGAAAGCCGUCCUGCAGGAGGUCUCCCACCCCUUCGUCGUCCAGCUGUUCUGGACGGGGCACGACGCCCGCCGUCUGUACCUGCUGCUGGAGCUGGCGCCGGGGGGCGAGCUGUUCGCACACCUGCGGGCUCGGGGCCGGCUGGGGGGGGCGGCCGGGCAGUUCUUCGCGGCCGAGGUGGUCAGCGCCCUGGCUUACCUGCACAGCCGCGCCAUCGUCUACCGCGACCUCAAGCCCGAGAACGUGCUGCUGGACCGCCAGGGCCACGUCAAGCUGGCCGACUUCGGCUUCGCCAAGAAGCUCAGCGACAGGACCUGGACCCUCUGUGGGACUCCCGAGUACCUGGCCCCAGAGAUCAUCCAGAGCAAAGGUCACGGGAAAGGCGUGGACUGGUGGGCGCUGGGGAUUCUGAUCUUCGAGAUGCUUUCGGGGUUCCCCCCGUUUUUUGACGACACCCCCUUUGGCAUCUACCAGAAGAUCCUGGUGGCCAAGAUCGACUUUCCACGUCACCUCGACUUCACCGUCAAAGACCUCAUUCGCAAGCUGCUGGUGGUGGACAGGACCCAGAGGCUGGGCAACAUGAAGAACGGAGCGGAAGACGUGAAGAAACACCGCUGGUUCCGGAAUGUGGACUGGGAGGGGGUCCCCCAGAGAAAACUCAAGCCCCCCAUCGUCCCCAAGCUCUCGGGAGACGGAGACACGUCCAAUUUCGAGGUGGCACCCGACGCGGACCCGGUUGGAGACUGGGACUCGGGGCCUCCAGUGUCCGACAAGGACCUGGAGAUAUUCCGGGACUUCUGAGCCCCCACCCAAAGAUGGAGAAGACGCCGCCUCCAUGCAGGCCUCCGGGCUGCACAACCAAACUGGAAUAAACCCUGUGUCCGGGGUGCAGUGAGAACAUGUCCUCUCGCAACCCGACUGUGGGUUCGAGACUCCUCAUGGACCCUGGACCCUGGGAAACUUUUGGAAGAUUCCCCCACCCGGGAACCCUCAGCUCUGUGCAUUGCACCUGAAAAUUAAACAAACAAACAACAACAACAACACAAAAAAAAAAAAAAAACCCCAGAAAAUUCAACAGGUGUCUUGCAAACGAAAUAUAUUUUGUUUUUCCAAAGAAAAAAGCAAAAAGAAAAGGUUUGCGUUCCAUCCCCGAAAGUGGCCAGCGUGAGCACCCUUGGAAUUGCAAGAAGCAUCCAGAAAAUUCUUUUUUUUUUUCUUUUUCCUUUUUUUUUUUUUUUACUUAUUAUUGAUUUUUGCAGGACUCUGGGGAACUCUCAGGCUGUUUGUUUGUUUGUUUGUUUGUUUGUUUUUCUUUGGGAGGCUUGUUCCUGGUUGCAAAUGCAUGAAUUUUCGUGUCAUAUUUUGUUUGUUUUUGGGUUUGCAUGCAAUUUUUUUUUGUUUUUUUUUUUGUUUCAUUUUUGCUUGUUUUUGGUUUUGCAUGCAAUUUUUUUGUUUGUUUGUUUCAUUUUGCUUGGCAUUGGUUGUGCAUGCAAUUUUUGGUUAUUCUGUUUUGUUUCAUUUUUGUUUUUGUUUGUUUUUGGUUUUGCAUGCAAUUUUUUGUUUCAUUCUUGUUUGUUUUUGGUUUUGCAUGCGAUUGUUAUUUUUUGUUUCAUUUUUGUUUGUUUGUGGUUUUGCAUCCGAUGGUUGUUAUCUUUGUUUCAUUUUUGUUUGUUUGUGGUUUUGCAUGCAAUUUUUUGUUUUGUUAUUUUGUUUGGGUUUGUGGUUUUGCAUGCAAUUUUUUGUUUUUUUUAUUUUGUUUGGGUUUGUGGUUUUGCAUGCAAUUUUUUGUUGUGUUAUUUUGUUUGGGUUUGUGGUUUUGCAUGCAAUUUUUUAUUUUUUAUUUUUUGGUUCUUAUUUUGUUUUGUUCUUCUGCAAAACCGGUCGCCUUUGAUGCCUCCCAGAAGCCUUUGCAGCUGUGAGCUCGGCCACCCAGGCACAAGGGCUGAGGGUCCCACUUUGUCUAUUCUGGGAGGGUGGCACCCCAAGACAAAGGCACCCAACUCCAGCUUCUGCACUGGCUCCCGACUCAGGGAAAGAAGAAAAAAAAAACCCACCCUGUCUCCCAACCAAUCGAUAAUCAAUAGCCAAUGAUCAAUAAUCGAUCAUCCAUAAUCGAUGAUCGAUCAAAACUAAGAUCCACCCCCAUUUGUAUCAGAAGAAAAUUAUCAAGUGAGAUUGGGGGGGCGUCCCAGCUUUUCUAGCUCUUGCUUCUGGCUUUCUCUCUCCCAAUCAAUCAUCAAUUAAUCAAUAAAAAUAAAAUAAAAUAAAGAUCCACCUAAUCUAUAUCAGAAAAAAAUCAUCAUCAGGUUGGUUUUUGAAUCUCUCUGUUCUCGUCCUCUCUCCUUCUCUCUCUCUCUCUCUCUCUCUCUCUCUCCCUCUCUGUCCCAAUCGAUCAA